GUUCCUACUUUGUAGACCUUGCAUAUCUUGCUGAGUGCGUUUGAGGGCUACAAUUUUUAUUUUCCUGUAUUAAGAGGUUGCAUCUCCCUUGUGUGACCUGAGUGAACCUGUGUGUGGUUUCUUGUUCUUAUAUGGUUUAUCCUCAUGAGACAUGCCUCUUCUUUCACAUAAAUGUGUGAUAUGACAUCUUAUCACUGUGAUUGGUUCUCGUAUAACACAGAACCUUAGAGAGGGAACAAGGUGCUCUUUUUGACGGAGGAAAUUCUUUUCUUGAUAUGGCUUCAGAAAUCACUUAUGCAGAAGUAAGGAUCAAGAAUGAAUCCAACUCCUCGGUCACCUACUCAGGAUCUCCUGCAGCUCCCAGAGAGAAACCUACCCGUCAUCUGAUUUAUUUUCAGAAGUACUCUCAAUUUCUUGAAGAAAAAAAAGCUAUAAAAGGUAUAACUCACAAAGAAUUGAACUGCAUAAAAAAUGUUUUGCUCAUGGAAGAAAAAAGCUGGAGCUGUUGCCCAAAGAAUUGGAAGCCAUUUGGUUCCCACUGCUACUGGGUUACCAAACAUACUUCAACUUACUCAAAAGCAUCUUGGAACGAGAGUGAGAAGAACUGCUUCAGCAUGGGUGCUCAUCUCCUAGUGAUCCAUAGCAAGGAAGAACAGGACUUCAUCACUGGGUUCCUGAACCGUGAUGCUGCUUAUUUUAUAGGGCUCUGGGAUUCAGGUCAUCGACAAUGGCAAUGGGUUUCUCAGACACCAUACAAUGCGAGUGCCACAUUCUGGCACAAAGGUGAGCCCAGCAGUGACGAUGAAAAGUGUGUUAUAAUAAAUCAUCUUAAUUCUGGAUGGGGCUGGAAUGAUAUCCCUUGCAGUGGUAAACAGCAGUCAGUUUGUCAGAUGAAGGAAAUACAGUUAUGAAUCAUACGUUCUCCAUGGGUAUGUGAUUUCAUUGUUGUUCACUAUUACAUGGACACCUGGGAAAUUAUACUAAUGGAAGAGAUGGCCACAGAAUUGAAGUGGGAAGCAAAUGGUUAUGCAUAUGAGAAUGCUGGCCCACAUGUAUCUUUGUGUAUUCACCCACUUACUCUGUCAUAAAAUGAACUUUCAUUGAGAAUUUUCUACAUGCCAGAUUGUAUACAGAGUCCCUUUUAUGGCAUACAUGGAGCUUUUCUGCCAAUUCCUCAACAUUUCAUUUACUUAUGUGAUUGUAUGAUAUGUUCCCUAGAUCUAUCAAUCUUUCUGUUUUUUUAAAACAUACCUUUGGUUUUAUUGACAUGAAAUUGAGAAGUAAAAUUAUAUAAAUAUUUAAA